CCGCAUCCUCUCCUCCUCAGCACGUGGGCCCCUGAUGCCGCUGAACUGUCACAACUCUGCGCAUGCGCGGUAUCGACGAGGGGGCAUUUCCAACAGUGGAGGAGGCGUAGUUAGCCGCGGCUAGCAGGUGCUAAAGCUUGAAGACGCCUCGAAAAAAAGAAAAUCACUCCACCAUGUACGUGUCUUCAUGAUGAGCGACCUUCGACUCUGCACGCGCUCAAACCAAGGAACGGAAUAAGUUCAACUGCAGACACAGACAAUCGGCCUGUUUGACUGGAAAGGAGUCAGACUAUGAGCCGGUACCAGAGAUGCCCGUAAGAAGGCAUCCCUACAGGCUGCAGCCUAGCUACGCCACCUGAACCCUGUUUAGAGGAUGUGCUGCUGAUCGGACGUGUCGUUCCUCUUCCACCUCUUCAAAACGUUAAUAACGUUGAGUGUGAGCCUGUGUGUGUGGGGUGAAUAAUGGUGGCAAAAAAUGGUGCCUGAGCGUCGCGUCCUGGUGCAGUGUGUGCCAAAAGGGGUGAGGUUAUCUCAGAAAAGUACAACAGCUGACUGAUAGUCUGCUGCCGAUAAUGGAUGCCAAGUUAAAAGAGGACCUGUUUCGGAGGUAUGUGACGGCACUGGAGAGGCGCCUGGAGGAGGGAGGGGAAUACAGAGGGAUUGGAGCUGCACCAGAGGGGGACAAAAGCAGACACAAGGACAGUGAGGCCCUGCUCUCCACAGCCACAGCUCUGCUAGGGGCCUACCAGCCAGAUCCGCCACAACGUUUCCGCAUGGUGCGUUUCUAUGAGGUGGUGGAGAACUCUCUCCGCUGCCAGAGAGGGGGGAACCUCAGGAGCCUGGAGAGAGCCUUCCACACCCUGGAAACCAUCUGCACCAACCUCUUACUCUUCCCCUGGAAGAAGGAGUUCAGAUGUAUAAAGACCUUCACUGGCCCGUACGUGUACCAUCUGCAGUCAGCCAUUUCGGAAGCUGAACUGCGAUCUGUAAUGCGCACCAUUGGCUACGCGUGUGACCAUGAUUCGCAGUUCCAUUUGCAGGAGCACCCAGGAGGAGCAAAUCAUCUGCGCCAGUUGGCGUUUGAGCUUUUCCUGGCCCAGGCAGAGUGUCGUCUUCUGGGAGAGGUAGUGGCCCUGGCCCGCGGUUCAGCCUCAGAGCUGGAGGCCCUGGAACUCCGCAGGGGUUGCAGAGAUGACGCAGCUGGCUGUGCCGAGGCGCUCCGCAGACGUGACAGCCUUGGGGCAGAUAUGGCUCGUCUGUCUGUGCGGCCGCUGGAUAUAGAGAGGCCUCAUGCCCACCACCUGAGGCGAGGGAGCCGACCAUCUAAGUCUGUGGAUGUUACGGAUGGGGCUGGUCACUGGCAUCCAGCACUUAGCAAGCCUGUCUUAAAGGCCUCAUUGAGUCUGAGGAAGGAGCCCCUGUUUGUGGAUGCAGAGGAAGAUAUGAAGGAUGAGAUCAUCAGGCCCAACACCUCAACAUCCCUCUUCUCUGUGGUAGCCCCACCUUCCUAUAGCCCUGUUGCAGAUUUCUUCCCAAUUCAGUCGCCUCCCCCGGCUGACGUUUACACAUCCUACCACCUGUCCUCUUUGGAUGAGAUUGACUUGUACACUGAGAGAGGCGGUGCUGGGACAGGAGGAAGGCAGACUCCCUCUCGACCUCCGUCCAGAGAGCCUCGGGAUGCAAGGGACGGGUGGCUGCUCAAAGCUCAUGGUAGUGUGAAGUGUCAGGGUUGUGGGCUGGGCUGCUCAACUAUGGCUUCCUGCCAGAGGUGUGACAUGAUCCUCUGUCCUGCCUGUCAUGAUGUUGACCCCUCCCCUUGCUGUGGCCUCCAGGACUACCACCCCAAAUCCCCACGACCCCUUGAUGGAUACAUCCCUGUCAAGGAAAAGCUCUCUGUCUACUCGAAUACCCACUCCCACGCCCACCUCCACCCGCACCCCCUCACACUGACUCACUCGCACUCCCACCCCCACCCUCACCCCCAGAUGGUGGAAAAAACCCUCAUGUCCACGAAGCUGUUUGCAAGCAAGUCUGUUGCCUUGACAACACCAAAGGGAGGCAGCAGUGAGCGAAUAAGCUUGGGGGGAUCGCGCUGCGGGUUCUGCAACAAGCCAGGUGCAUCGCACACCUGUGUGAACUGCUCUAAGGUGUCAUGUGACUCGUGCAUGGGCUUGUAUGCAAAGGAUAUUUGCACACGAAAGAAUCCGCAGCACAGCUUUGUUCCCAACCAUCAGCUCAACUUCAAAUCUGGCACUAUAUCUCACCUGGUGUACCGAUGAAUCAGGCGGACUGAAUAUGUUCUCUCCCCUCUCGUACCUCCCUUACCCCUCGGUGUAAUCUUGCACUACUGCUUUAGCUCUGUUACCACUUAAACAACUCACUCUCUUGCCCUUUAUCUGAUGAUCUUUUUCCGCUCUCUCUAACAUUCUCUUGAACUUUGUACAUUUUUCUCUUGCUAUCAGUCGGACCCUGGAAUGCACACGCCACAGAGAGCCAGAUCGUGUGCCCUUCUCUCUGCCUUGUACAAGUUCAGGCCUUUUUAAUCUAUUACUUCUUCUUCCUUUUCCUUGCUACCUGCUCUUGAGUAGUCAUGUGAUGUUGUAGCGCUUCCCAAAUUCCUCAAAUUUUGUCCUCCUCUAAAGGGAAACUAGAGAAAAGAAAGUUCAAUUCCUUCUCAUCUUGAAUGAAUUCCGUCCAAAUGAACAUAUUUACUUUGCCUAACUUCUCAGCUAAGAAUUCCUCUAAUAUAUAAAUAUAUAUAUAUAUAAAUAUAUACUGUAUAUGUGUGUGUGUGUGUGCGUGUGCGUGUGUGUGUGUGUGUGUGUGGGUGUGCGUGUGUGUGUAGAAAAGACCUCUGAGCUUGCAUUGUGACAAAGGAGAUCUUUUUAAACUUGAAAAUAAGUAAGGAAAACAGAAAAAAUACACUGGACGUCAAUAAGUCAAUAGUAUAUAUUUUUAAUCUAUUCUGUAGAACAAUGUGAGACUGUUAUAUGGGCAUGAGGUGUGGCGUUGGGAGUUCGGGGUAUAAACGUGUGUCUCUGGGGCGUGGGGUGGGAGAUAUCUCAAAGGGACAUAUUGAGAUGAUGGUCAGAUGCCAUAUAUUCUAUUUAAAAGAUUAUGCCUUGUAAAUGAACCCUCAAUUGUUAAUGGUUAUAUGACUGAGGUUGAAAUGCUGCUGUUGACUUGAGACAUUGAAGAUGUUUGGUGUUGACUUCUUACUGGUAAAUGGCCUGUUGAGUUGUGUCAUUUCCAAGCCCCCGAUCCCCCUCCCUUUCAUUACACCUCCAUGGACCAUGAUGUUGUAGUUCCCUCUGACCAGAUCAGUGGUUCCCUGUCAGUCUCAUGUGGGGUCAAAGAUAACUCGCGCUGGACCACAAAUCAAGCGAUUGCAGUUGUUUUGAUAGUGUUUGAGCCGAUUGGUCUUAGACAGUAUGUGAGUGUAAUCUCUGACGCGGUUUCUGUCUACCUCAAAUGGCUACAGCGAACACACCCAGUUUGACAUUGUGGUUUCAAACUAACGCAAAAAGGUGAAGAAAUACUGAGUCUAUUACAUUAUUCUACUCUGAUUUGCACUUUGUUUUUUGAUUGACUAGAAAAUAUCUCUUGCAAUCAACAGAUAUACCCACUUUUAAAGGUUCAGUGUGUAUAAUUUAGUGACAUCUAGUGGUGAAGUUGCAUGUUGCAGCUGAAUACCCCUCACCCUACCCUUCCAAACAUGAAAGAGAACCUGUGGUAGCCUUCAGUUGUUUAUUUUGUCCAGUUUGGACUACUGUAAAAAACAUGGCGGCCUCCGUGGAGAGGAUCCGCUCCAGAUGUAAAUAUAAAGUAUUUAAAUAUAAAGGUUCCAUUCUCGGGUAAAGAAAUGAACCAUUUGUACAAUUUAGAUGAAAAACAAUAGUGAAACCAUAACUAGGAUUAUUUUAUAUUCAAUUUCUGCCAAUAGAUCUCUUUCACCUAAAUCCUACACACUGGACCUUUAAAUGUUAACAGGUUAUUUAUUCUGUGACAUAAUCAGUUUCUGUAUAUACAGGGGGUUGACACAAAAACAUGAACUGAAAUUAUAAUUACGUGCCUUAGUUCAAUAGCGCACCAACAAACACUUCAAUCGUGAAGGGACUUUCUCAAAAGCGCUGGAGAUUUAUCCUGAUUUCUGAGUUUAUAUGUUGUGUUUCUGCAAAGUUGAUUACACAGCACUGUAAUUUGUAAAUCUCAUGCAGUGUAAUACAAGAGACUAUUCACUCACAACAUUAACACCUUGUUUAAAAAAUUUAAUCUUUUUAGCCUCCUGGAGAAAAUUCUUAAAUUGAAUUAAAUGGCUAUUGCACUAUAUUUUACAGGGAUUCAUGUUGUUGCGCCUUCCCACCUUUACAACAUAGUGAUUUCAAGUGUGCAGUCAUUUAAGCUUUGUGGUUUACAAUGUGUUAUUUUGCAUAUUUAAUUUUGUAUUUACCCAGAAAGCCCCAUACUAAGGCCUUUAAUCUGCUGCAUCUUUGGUUAGCAUGAGUUGUCCUCAUCCAAUCAAGGCCAUUUGCUGCAGAAACAUAAUUUAACUAAUUUAUUAGUAUAAGUCAAAGGCUUGGGGCUCACAGCUAAAACAACAAUUAUCAUUUAAAACUGUCACCAAUUAAAAGGGAAGAUUUUGUGAUCAGAUUAGGUGAUUAAUGCAGUAUAAUGCAUUCGUUAGCCAACAAGGGUUAAUUUUAAAUCAUUAUAUUUCAUAAAAAAAAACAAAAAAACUCAGGGUUGUUUUGACGGACUGUUUAGGCGUCGGUGGACUUUACGUUCCGUCAGGGAAACCCUCUUAAUGCCUUAAGCUCAUUCAGCUGUCGUGUCCUGAAGUAGUUUAGGUUUUUGGAGUUGUCAUUUACAUCACUCCAGUUUACCAGCCUGUAAACAAUAACAUGGUUUUGCCAAGCUACAUGAAUUAAAGCCUGUUUUAUAACAAGAAGCACAGGAAAGAAUUAAACAAUACAUAAGCUAAUAAAACAUCUGUGUUAGUAUAGAUUAAACACCAAGCAGGGUUUCUAAAACCGAGCAUGUUGAACCAUGAAUAUUGUCACAAUUAUGUAUAAAAUCCCACUUUAGAGACCAGUUUUCAUAGGAUAGUCUUACAGGGGUGAAAAUCUGUAAUAGUAAUCAUGUUUUGCUGAUUCAAAUUUGAUAAAUAUUUUCUUUUUCUUACAAAUAUGAUCAAACACCUUUGGUUUGAGGGACUAAUGUCUGAUCUCAUACUUCUGUCCAUUCCAUCCCCUUAAAAUCAUGCUGUCUUCAUUCUUAUAAAACGACAUAAAGAAGGGAUGUUGCGAUACCAUUUGGAUUUAGCUUAAGGAUCCUUUGAAAGAUGUUCUCGGGUCAACAUUAGCUAACGUGUGCACCACAAAGAUCUCGAGCGACCUCAGGGGAGGUUUGUUUUCAUCUAAUGAAGCCUCUGAAUUGUUUCAAUAUUUAUCACAGAUGUAUUUCAGUUGCUCGACUCUGUUCACCGCAAAUCAUACCAGCAACAAAGACAACUUUUCAUGUAUUGAGCCAUGUUGCAAGAGUGAUCAUAUUGCCAAAUGAAGAACAAAUCUCUUAUCGGAGUAGGAAACAGAAUGGUGUGGCUUUGCCGGAUGUACAGUUGAUAUAAGAGAAAUCUGUGAUUUUGCUAAAGUUUGGCCUCGUGUCUGUAGAUGUUGGCCUAAAAGGAGAAUAAUCAACACAGAUGCCUACCUGCACAUCCUGGGACGUGGCUUUGACUUGGAUUAGCGGAAUGAUAAUUUGUAGAGGUCUCUACAAAGGGCUACACAGUCUUCAGGGCUGCUGCUAAGUUUAAAUCUUGAGGUGAACAACUGACUUGUCGUAGGUAAAUAACUGAUGUGGAGCUUACUUUUUGUUUGUCUGUGGAGAUGAACUGAUGUUGGAAGAGCAUCAAGAGCUAUUUUAUUUUGUGUCUUGGAAUACAUUGAGCCAUUUGAACACGAUUGGUUUAACCCACACUCAAGUCAUCGUGGAAGUCAAUGCUCCCUUUACCUCUUUGUGUGGUUCUUACUGAUAUUGAUAGUGGUGGUGUAGUUAGGCAGCCCCCCUUUACCAUUCCCUGUUUCCCCCCAAAACCUUUUUCUCAGCAUGCUCUGUAAAGGCCCAACCCCCUUACCUCCUCUCCCUCACCCCUACAUGUACCCUCACCCACCUCUCCUCCCCCUUCCACCUUGGCACUGAGGACCAUUGCACAAUGUCUAUGUGAAGGGGUACGGACCUUGAUAUCAAUUUGUGGGCAUACAUGGGGGUGGAAAGGAAAAUAGCCAAAAUUGUUAAUUGGUGAAUAUAUAUAAAUAUAUAUAUAGAGAAAUGUAAAUGAGAUUUUUUAAAAUAAUUUAAAGAAUAAAAUUCUAGAAAAAAAAAACACUGCUUUCUGUCUUGGAGGUGUGGAUGUUUGAAUUUAUGUAUGUUUGUAGACUUAAUUUUUGAAUGAGUACAACUAUAUUUUAGCUUUUUUAAAUGACUGCAGAAUUUUUAUUUAGAAAAGUUGCCUGUUAGAAUGACAAACUUAAAUAUGUACCAUGACAAUCUAGCACGGUUCUUCCUCUAACAUCACUGAAGCCUCACAACUUUCCUGCCACUGACAAUAACAUCAUUUGUUCCCCUUCUGUCAAUUCAGUAUUUAAAUGAUUACAAACCUACUUCCCAAACUUUGUUUCUACUUCCUAACUCACAAACUCAGGACACGUAGGAGCUUUGGAGUUUGCUGGCUGCCCUGAUCUGCAUGGUUUGGCUUUUCCCUAUAUGACCAAUAGAUGGCGAUAAAUACCCACAUAUACAUUGACUGAAGCUGCUUAAAAUACACCAGUCCUGAAAAAAAACGUGUUAACCUAAUAUAUCUGUCUCAAAGUGAGAUUUUAUUGCAUUUGCUCCUUGGGUUGGUCCACAUUAGUAAUUCAAGCAGAUAUAUGGGUAAGGUGGUAAACAGUUGGAAUACUGAAUGUAUGGCUAUGUUUUUGCCUGAUUAGAGAAAGUCAACCACAGAGAAGAGGCAGCCCCAUUUUCUCGGCAUAUUUUGCUCCACUGUUUUUCUGAAAACGUCUGUAGCUUCGAUGAGGCAAGAGGAGACAGAGUUGAGUAUAGAAAAGAUCAAAUGCUAAAAUGUACUGGCACAUAAUUGACAAUGAGGAUUCGCCAAAAAACAUGUUUUCCUUUACUUUGUUAAAGAUAAGGAGAAGAUGUUGAUAUCACAUUUACCAAGUUCAUGAACAAAUGGAAUGACGUUUGCCUGCACCAAAGCCCAACCGUUUCCUUAUCAAACCAAAUUUAAAUUCACUAGAUCCUCAUUUAUAUUUGUUCCCUAAACGUGCCUAGUUUUCUUCACUGAGAUCCAUGAAUUACUCUCUGAGGGAAAAAAAACAAAAGUGCAAAUGCUCCUAAAGUUAAAUAAAGUGAAAACAAUUCCUGGAUGCACCCCGUGAUCCGGAUCCACAUGGAAAUAUAAUGAGUUCUUUCCCGGCCCAUACCACGUCCUUGAGUGAGCUUGAGUGACAGGAAACAAUGUCUGAGAGAAAUGUCUGAAGAGGUGAGUGCAGAGCAAUGAACGAGAUUUCACGUAAGCAGGAUUUAUUUACCGCCCCACAAACAGUCCGUGGGAAAUGUCCUAUAGAUGAUACAAAGCGAGAGUUAGGAUUAUGUUCAAGCCUUUUCUUUAAUUUGUGAUUUGCACGCAGCACAGUUCCCACAUAUAAGACGGGAUCCCUAAUUUGAACCAACAGAAGCUCAGGGUGGAAUUUCCUUUUUAUAUUAACAAACUUCAUUUAGCCAGAACCUCAGAUCCACGUGGUUUGUUUCACCACCUGAAGAUCAUUUAGGAAUUCCUGCUUGGGGUAAACUUGCAGACGUGUAUUUUGGCUCACAGUCCUUUUAACAAACGAGAACUGGAGCUUGCCGGUCAUCGCUUGUCCAAAUAAUCUUCCAUAUUGCUUAUAAUAAUUGGAUCAGCGCCUUCCUGCAACGAAGCCAUGUUAGAUGAGGGACAGCAGUAGCUGAGAUUACCCAGCACAGAGAGGAGACAGCCAGAGAUGGACAUCAGCAGAACCUCCGCAGUGACUGAAAUGCAGAGUGAGUGCCCGUCCUUGCACCCGGCAUCAUCCUCUCCUCCGGGACAUGUCAGCUCUGUGCUGACUUACAGCCUUUACCAGCCCUGAGGGAACCGAAGACAUAAUGAGUAAUGAACAUCGCCGUUCAGCAGGAGAGAAAGAUAAUGACUGAUGGCAAACUGCUUAGCCUUUGAAUAAAUCCACCACCAGCAGCAGUAAUAGGUCGUCUUAGUUAAUGGUCAAUUUAGAUAACACCGUACAAAAUUCAUUAAGAGAUGCAUACGUAUGUCUAUACUGUAUUCUUUAAAGCUUAUCAUCACCAGGACAACUUCUACUUCCCUGUAUUUCCCUCCAUGUAUUCAACCAUCUCCAUAGUGACAUUUAAGGGUUGAAGAAAAUGGGCCAAUUCCAAGAAAUGAUCAUUGUGAGAUUCCAGCGGCAGAGAUCUCAGCAGUUGGCGGCUCACAGCAGCUGAUUAUUAGCUGGGGAAGGUGAGCACAGUUUCCAAUGGACUACAUUUAGAAUCUGAAAUCGUGUCACUACUAAUCAGGGCAAUAACUGACACACUGCACCGCACUGUGUGUUGUGUAUUUUUGUGUUUUCCGCCCGCACAUACAAUGUUACUCUUACCUAACGCUGCAUCUAUUCCAGGGACAAUUCAUGCACCAAUGCACAGACACCUGUACAUUCACACAUGCACAUGCACUUGUGACAGGAAUGAAAUGAGCUGUGUAGGAGCAAGAAUUGAGGGUGUUAGAAAUGAGAUUUAAACCUCUGUAAGUCUUUCCUCGCUGGUUAAUUACAUGUCAGAGGAGGAUUGUGUCCUUCUUGUCUCCUUAUGUCACUUCACAGGCUCUCUCUCUCUCUCUCUCUCUCUCGAUAUUUAGUUGUAUUUUCUAUAUUUGAUCGCGGUGCCUGUAUUUGCAACACAUUUCAGUAGUUGAUGCUAAUUCCUGUAUUUUCUGUACCUUUCAAUAAUUAGUUGUGUUUUACAGCAUUUUUUCAGAUUGGUGAAGAUAUUCUCCUCUUUUGAUUUGAUAUGUCUCCGUCUUUUCUUUAGUUGCAGUGCAUCAAGCUCUCAGACCCACAGAUGAUGAUGCAUGUUGCGAUAUGGUUAAUGAUGAAUUAAUUCUUCAAACGUUUUUUAUUUUUUUCAUAUUCUGUCGAUGCAUUGCAAGGUUAUACAUUUCUGGCAAAUCGUUCCCUCUGGAUUAUUUCUCAUCCAAAUUUUUUUUCAUCAUCCUCGUAAUCAUCAUGUUGACUUUAAACAAUGACUUUCUUUGUUAAUCUCCUGCAUGUGAAGAAUUGUUGUCGGUACAGUUAUCGAGUCCUGUAAUAUACAGUAGAUACUCAAGCUGCACCUCACAUCCGAAAUGAUUCGGUUCAGUUUCCCUCUGUAUUUUUAUUGAAUUAUCUCAUACUAACCGUGUUAUUGGGCCAAUCAAGUUUCUUUGAAUAAUGUAAAACACUUUGCCUUUGGUUAAUUACUUGUGGUGAGGAGUCUGCGUGCAUAUGAAUAUUUUCUCCUCUGUCAGCACUCGCCUUUUUCUUUCCAUUACAUUGGCCUUCACUGAAGCCCUAAGAAAAUCGCAGUGAUGUUUCUACUGUGGCAGCCACUCACCCGUGGCACUCCAGCUUCUCGUCUCUUUCAUAGCCGAAAUGAUAAAACAGCCUUGGGUCAUUGUUACUGCAGAACAAGGUGUAACACAUCAUUUUUUUCCAUAGUGCUGAAGCAAUUUUCCAGCAGAAACAUGGUCUUGCUGUGAUGUGGUCAGUGGCAAUGAGUUGUGAAGAGUGGGAUGUAUAGUGCUGUGCCUAUAAAUUGCAUGAAUACACUUUUCACUGCUGCUUUUCACCCAUAUCCAACACAAAUAUACAUUUUAAUACAAAUCACAAUCAUUUACUAGAGUGGCACUCACAUACAGUACUUCCUCCAAGGUCAAGUGAUGUAACACGUCUUUACAGCUCUUAUUAUAGAAACAUCGUCUGAUAAUCUGCAUCAAAAGCAGCAUGCGAUAUACAAUAUGAAUAUAUUUUGUGAUAGCAAAUUAAAAACAAAUUUAACUUACA